GAACUAGCGAAAGUUUUUACUUCGCUCGUCUGUGUGUUUUCGUUUUUGUGUAGAUUUGCAGCUGCCGCGUGGAGGAGAGCAAAAAUGCCAGCGGAAGGAUGUCGAAGAGAGCUACGUUGAAGAUAACGAGAUGCGCGAGAGCACAACAUCACCGGAAUUGUGCAAUAGCCAUGCGCGAAAGGGAAGAGCCGACAUCCGUCCGGAAGAAAGGGAGAAAGAAACAAAAAAAUCCAAUACUUGCCAGAAAGUGGAAAAUGAAAAACAGUCUCUAGUCUGAUUUUUCUCGCUCUAGUGGUGUGCCGUGUCAUGCUGGUGUGAGAUGCGAUCCGUCGACAUAUUGUUUGCCGUGGUGACCAUCUUCUUACAUCAUCAAGAUCUGUGUUGUUUCUAUCGGACGGUGCGAGCUGAAAAGCAUCAAGAACAACAUCAGACUUGUCUCUAUGAAUUCAGAUCAACUGAGAACCCGUCCGGUAAUUUCACGUCACCAAACUAUCCGGAUUUCUAUCCGGCCGGAACGCGUUGCUAUUACAUUUUCCACGGACGAAAAUGGGAGGGCAUUCGAAUUCAGUUCCACUUUUUCGAUUUGGAGUCACCCUACACAGUUGUAAAAUUAAGAAACGCUUAUCUUUUAUUUCAUUUAAUUUUAUCGGUCCCUUUCAAACGGCACCUUGUUAUACUUGAUUUGAUCUUUCCCAGGUGCUUGUCGGAUUUUGUCAGCAUUACAACCGAAGAUGUGAGUGGUUUAAGGACGGUGGCCGGCCGAUAUUGCGGGCAACAAACUCCUCCGCCUUUACUAGCCAUGCAACCCAAAGUGGAAAUCCUCUUUGCGGCCAAUUACGUCCAUCAUUACAGGGGCUUUUCGGCGUCGUUUAGCUUUGUCGACGAAGAAUCGUUGACUUUAGCCCCUUCGAACGGCGACUCAGAUUCCGGAUGCGGCGGGACAAUUAGCGGAAGUGGUGGCGUUCUGCUAUCGCCAGGUUAUCCUUUAGCGGUUCAAAGUUGGCUCGAUUGUUCUUGGCUACUAAGAGUUCCGUUCCAGCAACAUGUCUACGUGCGGCUCGAGUACCUCCAGCUACACGGAAGUCUCGCAAGUUGUCCUUUGGCCGAGUUAUCCAUCCACGACGGUUACGGACCACUUAAUGAUCAGGCUCCAAAGUUGCGGAGGUUUUGCGGUGAUCUUCGCUACUACAAAUCCGUAAUCGAUCGAAGCCUUUUGUCGAGGAGAAAUCGGCUGCUCGUCCGGCUGACUACCGGCAAUCUGACAUCCGUCAAAUCUCUGGGCUCUCGUUCUCCUGUUAUUCCGUUCGGUUUCCGGCUCAUUUGGACGGCUGUCGAUUUUCAAACCGAACAGAAUUGCUUGGCUCAAGGAAAGAUUGUCUGUCGUGAUUCCCAGUACUGCUUCAAUUUCCGCCGCUUCAGCAGCAUUUCCUGCGACUCCACCCUUCUCUUUUGUCUCGAUUCGUCGCUUGGUUGUGAUGGUGUUAUGAAUUGUGAAGACGGCGACGCAUCCGACGAGCUCAGUUGUCAGGUGCCGUUCUUGUUCGCUUCAGUAUUAGCCAUUUUUUGCACGUUAUUCGUGGGAACGUUCAUGUUUUGGCUACGCUCUCGCAUAAAAAUAUGUGACAAAGUAACGCAAGAAAUUACCUAUUUGUCUGCUAUCGAACGUCGGGAUGCUGAACCCUGUAACCGGCACGAAGAUCGCAUCUUCCACGUCGAUAACGGACGAGCAUAUCCAACUGUUGGUAAAAGACUCAGCUACAGCGGAUGUGAAAAACGGGAAAUUAGUCACAGAGAAACGAGGCGUAUUGCUUCGUUACCACUCUUUGAUUGCAAGCAAAUGAACGCGAACACGAACAACGGAGUUAAUGUUCUCAGAAGGCCGACUAGUGGAAUCGAAAUUGGAAUGGCCGAGUCGUAUCCAGUCACGAGCUUUGAACAGACGAUGCUCAACAAGUUAGUUUGGGACAGGAAUGCUCAAACGACAGCGUUGCAACAAAACGAUUGCGCCAACGAAGAGCACAUUCAUCAAAAGAAAAUAACGAUGGAAAAUUUGUGUAAAGAACAUAGAAAUAGAACUGUGGAAAUGCAAUCAGAGAAGUCGUACAACCCAUUGUGUCAGGACAUGGCUGCUCGUGAGGUGAGCGUUAUUAGGAAUGCCCAUGUUGUAACUGUAACCAGCUUUGGACCGAACGAAACUAUUGACACUGAGUUGUGGUAGCGCUAAGUCAUGGUACGUUUUGUCAAGAUCAAGCAUGUAAAACUUUAUUUCUCUACGCAGUGGCAGAGUCAAUCUAUGAGUCUGCUCUACGGUUGUUUUAAGUCAUAGCUGGGUAGUAAAACUCAAUGAAAAUAAAUUGGAAGAAGCAGUGAAUUUUGUCUUAAAUUUUUUGUUUGUGAAUAAAUAAACAAGAAAUGGAUAUUUCGUUA